UAAUAGUGAUGCAUAAAUGUAUUUAAUAAUAUUCUAUGCGGUAAAUUCAGUACAGGCAUAUUUUAAUGGAAAUAUGAUAAUAUGUUUCACAUCAAAGAAAUGUGCUUUCUGCCACUCCCUAAAGCACCAAAAACAAAAAAAAAACAUUUCAUCACACACACUGUCGCAUUAAUUGCGAUUAUUUUUCUCACGGUAACGUAUGCGCAUAAAUUCAUUACCUUGCCUGUACAUUGCACACUUGCCUGUUGGCCAUUAUCUGCCAGUCACCGCUUUAGCACAAGACUCUUCUGAUAAGCCUCUCAAUAUACCCUGAUAAGGGAAACUAGAUUCCGAGUGUCAGCCUUCUUGAAACCGGGCCUCUCAGACCCUUAGUAUUAUUUCACCUUUCGUGCGAUAAGCAUUACCUAACAUACCGGCCAGUUCUUUGGUCCAGAUUGCACUAGUUGCCUCUAUUGAAACCGGUAUCAUCAUGUCGCUAGUGUUCGGGCAGGUUGAACCGGCCGUUUUUCAGGCCUAUGCGUUCUGGGCUGCCGUACUCGGGCUCAAGAUGCUGCUCAUGUCGGUGCUGACUGGACUGCAGCGUGGCUCCAAAAAGGUCUUUUCCAAUCCGGAAGACGUUAAGCCGGGAGGCAAGCUUGCGUAUGACGAUCCGGAUGUGGAACGUGUUCGACGUGCCCAUCUGAAUGAUAUGGAAAAUAUUUUACCAUACUUCAUCAUCAGCUUCCUGUACAUGUUCACCAACCCAAGCGUAACCGUCGCCGUCAACCUGUUCCGUCUGGUAGCGGCCGUUCGAAUCUGCCACACGGUAUUCCAUGUGUUCGUUCCGGUGCACCAGUUCCGGGGAAUGGCCUGGGCAACCGGUUUCUUCACGACCACAUUCAUGGGCAUCAUGAUAGUGCUGCACUUUCUGUAGAAUUUCUGAACCACCCUAACUUGGAACAGAAUAUGGAGGGAAAUAAAACCGGCCCUCGUGCAUCCGGUGGACGAACGGGUUCUCCGGGUGUCAAAAAGCUCUUCA